AUGGCGGUAGUGGGCUGUCCUAUCUCCGCCCCUGGCUGGGCUGGGCUGGGCUGGCCUUGUUGUUCCUGCCAAUAUCACAUCAUUCUGCAUAAGCAACCACUUGGGUCAGGCGAACCCGCUACUUGGCCACAUUCACUUGCGUUAUCCAGCGGAGGUUUCAAGGGCGAUACGGCCGUCGGUAGGGGUGUUGUGUUGAGUAGUAACGAAAAAAGAGGGACACACAGGGCCCCACUGUGGAGGUUGUUCCCAGAAGAGAAAGAAGAAGAAGAGGAGGAGGAGGAGGAGGAGGAGAACAAGGCAUGCUACUCGCGAAUAGGCUACGUGCAAGCAACCCCACACAUGGGCUUCUUGCCAUGGACAUGA